AAGCCAUUACCGGAUAGUUUUGACCCGAAUAUCCAACUGCUAGAUGCAUGCCUAGAUCGAUUCAUGUGAAAUUUUCACUUUUCAUAUUACCCGUUCAUUUCGUCUUCAUCUUAUCCACUACAAAAAAAAAGCUGAAGCAGAAGCAUGGAAUCAAUUUCUACAAAAAAAAAAAAAACAGAAAUAAAAGAGUGUCAAAUAAAAUCAUCUAAUCUAAAUCUCGAAAUAGUACAUAGCUAGGGUUUUGGAAUCAAAGCUGAAGCAGAAGCAGAAGCAUGGAAUCAAUCAAAAUCUCAAAAACCACUAAUGAAGAUGACGAGAAUCUCGACGCCAUCGGAGGAGAAUCAUCGAAGAAGAAAAGACGCUGGAAGACGAGAAGCUUCUAAUGGGCUUCAGGGUUCAGAGGCCCAUCAUCACAUUAAGCCCAAAUGUAAGAAAUACGCUUCCUCAACUCAAUAUAAAAGCUGACGUGGACAACUGCCACAACAGAAAAACAGUUACAUUUCCCUCCAAAAUCAGCGAUUGAAUUUGAAUCUUCUCAGCUCUCAAGUCCCAACAAUGGCGUCAACCUCUGAAUCAAACUCAACUCCGAGAUUUUGGUCACCACCGCUACCACCACCAAAACCACCGCCAGGAUUUUCCCUACGAAAUCCGUUUGAUCCAGAUAUAAAUUCGCCACAUCGCAAUUUCUUUGAACAGAGAAUUGUCAAGAGAAGAUUCAUCGAAAAUAAUCAAGAUAAAUCACUCAUUCAUGGCCAUAAACUUCAAGAUCACACUGCAAUUUUCAUCGAAUCCAACGACUUAUCGUCGCUUCAAGAAGCAAUUGAUGAAUACGCUCAAACCAAGGAUGAAUCGUUGUUGACGAUCUUCAAAUCUUUCGAACUUAAUUACCCUAAUUCAUUCUCAUUCAAGCUUGCUAAAAUCCUCCAGUUGCAUCCUCCGUUUCAAAUACGAACUGAAAUCGUUGCUAUCCUUCAUUCAAUUCAAAAGAAUCCAACGAGUUUUCUCCACUCCAAAAUCCUUAUGGCAAUGAGAAACCUUCUCCUUCAUUCAGUUAAGGUAGAAUCCGAAGAAAUUCUGUUUCCUGUGCUAUGCCAAACGAUUGGUUUACUCGCUGAUAGGUUGUACCGAUCCUCUCUUGUUUGGGAGGAGCUUCUUCAGUAUGCUUGUGAUUGCAUUUCUGCUGACUCGCAAUCAAACAAUAAGAAAGGGCUUACGUUGUUUGUGGAAUUUCCGGUGAAUGCUUUUCAAAACAGAGAGUUCUGGCUGAAUCAAGGGAACUUUGAUCUCGUUGUCUUGAAGAAUUCGGAAUUUAUUUACUCGAUGGAUCAGGAUUUGAAGGCGCUGGCAUACGAUUCAUCGAUUUCAUUGAUGUUAUUGUCGAAGAAUUUUCAGAAAACAGAUUUAUAUGAUUCUCUCUUGUUGAUUUUGUUGAAUAUCAUUGAUCAGCAUGGAGAUGAACAGGUUCUGGUUAAUAGGGUUAGUCGUUUGUGUGAUUUAGUUUCAUUGGAUGAUGGAAAUUUCUUUAAGGGGAAAUAUGGCGAAGUGUUUUGGUGCAUGAUUCGGGCAGCGGAGGUAGAAGGUGCAAGCGAGGAACUGAGGAUUAAAGCGUGUACUGUUAUCAAGGAGCUCUAUGAAGAGAAUGUGAUCAAGAAUGUUUCUUGUGAGGAAAUGAAGAGAGUCCUUGUAGUUGCUAUGAACAUGUUGUCGUGUGUUGUUGAUGAUCCUCUUUGGUAUGAUGUUGACUAUGAGUACAGUGUGAACGUUGGGUUGACAGAUGGUUUCUACCUUGGGAUUUUCUUGUUCAAUUCACUCUCUUUAGAUGGGGAUGAAGGUGUGUUUGUUCCCACGGCAAUUGAGAUAAUAACAGUGAAAUAUGCAUCAAAGAUUGAUUGGCAGCUUCGUCAUGCAGCAUUGCUUGCCAUUGGUUGGAUUGCAGAGAGAAACUUCAAAGGGCAGGACAUGAUACAAUACUUUGACCAAGUGGUGAGUCUGGUCCUUAAGUCACUGGAUGAUCUGGACCCCCGGGUACUUUGGGCUGCUAUGCACGCAAUUGCGUGUUUGAGUGAAUUUAAGGAACAACUAAUGCAUGGCGAUUAUCACAAGAAGUUAUUGACUAAACUAGUUCCCAUCAUUAGAUGGAACUCUUGUGUACGUGUACAGUUAUAUGCUGUUAUUGGCAUUCAUUCCUUGGUAAAAAAUUGUGGCAUAGACAAAAUAUUACCUUUUGGGGAACCAAUGGUAGCAUCAUUACUUGUACUACUACUUCUUAAGCAUGAUAAACAGAAGUUACAGGUCGAAGCUAUUGAUACCCUGAAAUCUUUUGCAGUUUCAAUGCCGGUAACUUUUCGUCAAAAUUAUUACGAUACAACAAUGGAAACACUGAAAGUCAUUGUGUUUAAUAAGCAUAGUUCACCUGCAUUGUUGAUCUUUGCCAAAUGUCUAGAAUGUAUGAUAUAUCUUGUUAGGAAAGUUGGGCCAGAUAGUUUCAAAGAGGAGGAAGCUGUUCAGGUCGUGGAAUCUCUAAUAUCACUUGAAGGAAAAUUGAGCAAUACAGGAUACUUUGCAAAAUGUAUCAUCUUACAGGCUCUAGAACAAAUCUGCCGAUGCCCAAGAGUGAGUAUUGACAAAUUUAUAGAUAAACUUAUGCCAAUGUUGCUUGGGUCCAUUCAACACUAUCUUGACUUAACGGUCGAUAAGCUCAAGGAUGAUGGUGAAAAGGAUUUGGUUGAAACUAUGAUAGUUCAGGCUUGUAAUAUAUUGUCAUAUUUUGCUGUUCGGUCAUCAAGAAGCUUUCCCCCCCACAUUGGCAAGGUCAAUACAAUGUUUACACGCUUGCUUGGUUGUUCUAGUUUUCAAAUUCGAAAGGCUUCUAUUUUAGGUCUUCCAAACCUAUUACUCUCACUUAAAGUAGCUGACAAAAAUAUGGAGAUUAAAAGAGGUUUUACUUUCUUCAUUGUGCAAUCUCUGAUUGAAGCGUUGAAGAAGGAAACAGAUAGGGAUUUGUAUACAAUAGUAAUGAGGUUACUUGCCAGAUGCAUUCAGACCUCUAGUUCAUUUUUCAGUGACCAAUUGAUCAAGGUUAUUGCUGAUGGAAUAGAUGAUACAACAAAAAAGAUUAUUGAUACUGAAAUAAAUAAAGCAGAAGAAGUGGUGGCUUCAGAAAGUGGGUGUGAAUCUUUACCAACAGAAGAUACACUUCAGGAGGUAGUUCAGUUAAUAGAAACAACAAUCAUCACAUUUAAAGACCGAUGCAAGCUACAUGUUGAUGACCUCAUGUCAAAUGUUGUUGAUUUUUUGGCUGAUGACAAUCCAGAUAGACUGGUGGCUUUUGCAAUUUCCAUUUUUAACGUUACCUUUCCACUAUUCCCAGACAAAUUGCCGACGUAUCAUGACAGAUAUAAUUUAGCCUUCUGUUUUGCUUUAAAGAGAGAUUAUCCUUGUUCUGGGCUGCAUGCUACACGGGCGAUUGGUAUCUGUGCUAUGUAUGGAGGCGAUCAAUUUAAAUCCUCUGCUAAUGUGUGUAUCUUAAGGCUAUACAAAGUCAUCAGUAAAAGACUUUCAAUUAGUGAACUAUUAUAUGAUACCGCAGUUUCAGCUCUUGGAAAAAUCAUUGAGUUUCAACGUGACAUUAUUGGCCCUAAGGUGGUUCAAAAAUGGUUAAACUUCUUGCCGUUGAAGCAUGCUUACGAUGAAGCUAGAUAUGCACAUGGACUGCUUUCUAAAUUGAUACAAAGUUCGGAUGAAGACCUAUUUGGAAGCAAUAACAAGAAUCUUCCCAUGAUCAUUUCCGCCAUAAAAGAAAUUUUAUCUGGACCUGACCGUAUUGGAACUGAGGAAGCUAUUAAUCAGAUGAUUGAUUUCAUAGAUCAACAUGGUGGGAUGGAAAUUGAAUUAGGAGGUACAAGAGGUACAACAUUCAUCGUCUUCUAAUUGAAUUGUACAGUAGACGAUAAGGAAAGAAGAUUUCAGUCUUCCAAUGUGUAAAUUUACAAUACAACAACAUUUGUACGUACAAAUAAUACAAAUGUAUAGUAGUUUUUAAACUCUAUUUUUCAGAUAUGAUUUUCAUUUUCUGCAA